UGCCUUCAAGACAAGGCAUAUUAACGGCUUUGAACAAUUAUUGUGUUAUCGGGGUAGCCGAUAUAGCUCUUCAAAUUUGUUGAACGUCGACAGAACUUAUUUAUGGUCAGUUGACAAGGUUCUGUGAGCGACGAGAUCUCGGGAAGGAGAUCAUGGAAUACAUGAACGAUAAAUUCGCAUUGAAAAGUCAAGCGAUUAAGGGCAGCGACUACUACAUGGGCUCUGGCGGCGCGCUGGACCAAGUUAUGGAGAGUUUGGACAGUGUGCAGUACUACAGCAAGACCUCGCCCAAGUGUGUGCAGGCCUUCGGGAUACAGAGCAGCGAGCACCACUCGCGAAUGGAGCGGUCCUCGCCUUGCGGAGACCAACACGCGAAUUAUGGUGUCCAGAAAACGGAAGAUACCUUGCACGCGGACCUUGGAAGGUCGAUCGACAACUGUUGCAAUCUGAGGGCCUCGCCGGUAACGGCGUGUCAGGAGAAAACGGAUUUGGACGAAAUGGGUGACAAGUGUGACAGUAACGUAUCGAGCAGUAAGAAGAGGCGACACAGGACGACAUUCACGAGCGCACAGCUGGAGGAGUUGGAGAAGGUGUUUCAGAAAACUCAUUACCCAGAUGUUUAUGUGAGAGAACAACUGGCGAUGAGGACGGAACUAACCGAGGCCAGAGUGCAGGUGUGGUUUCAAAACAGAAGAGCCAAGUGGAGAAAAAGAGAACGUUAUGGACAGAUUCAACAGGCAAAAAGUCACUUUGCAGCCACAUACGACAUAUCAGUGUUGCCAAGAACAGACAGUUACUCACAGAUCUCCAACAACCUGUGGCCCAGCCCUGCUCCCAGUGGCUCUGUAGUCUCCUCCUGCAUGCUCCCCCGUGGAUCUCCCCCAUGUGUCACCUCGUACUCCCCUCGCUCCGCAGCCGACCACGGAUACGUGGGCUUCCCCAACCAGCAGAACCAGUUUGGACACGUCUCCCUCAACAACUUCUUCACGGCCGACUCCCUCCUCACGCCCUCACCCAACGGACACCCAUUCGAGACCAAGCCCGAGUUUGAGAGACGCUCAUCCAGCAUUGCUGUGCUGCGGAUGAAGGCUAAGGAACAUGCGGCCAACAUAUCCUGGGCCAUGUAAUUGCGAAUGUCUGUUCUGCAUGUCCAGCCAGCUGACUGACUCACAGCCUCUCUAACUUUAGCAUUACCACUGCGCACGUUUAUAACCCCCAAUGUUGACUGACAGAAAUCUGACUGUGACACUGAUUGAUUGAAGAGGACAUACAGAAGUCAAAAUAAUGUAGGCCUAGAUGCUGAUAACUGACUGGUUGUCACCGAGACUGGAGAGACAUGAAACCGCUCCAUGGAGUCAACAAACUGUGAACCUGUUGGUCAAAAGAGUCAAAUGUCAGAGGAGAUGAACUGCUUCAAGAUUUAAAGGUCUGCUCAUCGAGGUUGAGCAGUGCAUUUCAGUUCACAACACACAGAUGAAACUUACUUUCAGGUUAACACCCGAUGUUACACAAUGCAUUGCUGAAAAUACAUUGCUGAAAAUCCAUUAAGAGUGGUGCAGCGGUUAGAGGCGUCACUACAGACCCUGGUUUGAUUCCAGGCUGUAUCACAACAGGACGUGAUUGGGAGUCCCAUAGGGCGGCGCACAAUUGGCCCAGCGUCGUCUGGGUUAGGGUUUGUUCGGGGUAGGCCGUCAUUGUAAAUAAGGAUUUGUUCUUAACUGACUUGCCUAGUUAAAUAAAGGUUAAAUAAAAUAAAUAAAUAAAAAGCAUGCUUUGUAUGUCCAGGAAAUAAUCCAUCUAAAGAUCAACUAUAGUAUGUCCUAUAAGUUGAGGACAGUGUGAAUAUUGUAAUUCCCUGUGCUUUAUAAUUCCAUUGCCCUACAGUCACUAAAACGAUGCACACACAUCUUAGAGGUAGAAGGCCGUGUUGUUAUGAUUCUGGAUGGUCAGAUAGCUAGCAACAAUGACAAACAAGCUGCUAUGCGGGGAAUCGUAGGUGGCUCGUUUCAGCUCGUUGUCUUGGUAUUAAUAUCAUGUCUUGUUCCGAGUUGUUUUGACUCAAGCCACAUCUAUGCUAAUAUGGCAAAACAUUCACUAGCUAGCUAACCAACAACUGUAACGAUGUAUCUGAGAGACAACUGCUCAUUGUGAAAAUGUAUUUAUGUUUUUAAUAAACAUUUGGAGACUAAAUAUAUACGUUGUCAACAAUCUUGUCUGUUUUGCCCCAAGGGUUGUGCACGUAUUGGUUUUGUCACAAACAACCCAACUCUACUGUAUGCCACUCAGGACUUUCAGAGCAGAACAGAAAUGAAAUGGACUGACGUACUAACAUGUCUGCAGUGUGCCUUGCGGUAAAUCUAUGUAACCUCAUUAGCUGUGUCUGUGUUGUGCUACAAGGCCCCAGCACAGGAAGCAGUUAGACAUUUUGUCAUUAUAAUUUCUAUUAAAAUGAUCAAAUAAAAAGAUAAUAAAAACCUCAA